AUGGGUGUCGAGCUCCACGGAAACGGCCCUGGGGAGCCGCCCAUGAAUCCCGCACUGGCUGUUCCUCUCUUCGCCGUCGGAGGAUUCGUCGCAGUCCUGUUUCUUUGGAGAACGGUCGUUCGAAUACGACAUCGUCGUCGGUCAAAAUUGGCACAAAAAUCAGACGAUCAGGCUCAGCUGUCACGGACGAGUAGUAUAAUCGCAAGCUUGAAGAAGCAUGUGUUCUACGCUCCCGCUUGUGGCGCCCGCCACAGCCGAGAGUUCAGACUGUUCAGGCUCCACAUGGGAACUGUCCCCUUGAGGCUAGAGGCGAUCCUGCUGGUGAUCUACCUCGUUCUGAACUUCACAUUUGUUGUGGUCAUGGUGGAUUGGUGGAGAGGCUUUUCUGAUAAGAUGUUCCAACUCAAAUAUGCUGCUGGCCAUCUCGCCGUGAUGAACACGCCCGGGUUGGUUUUGAGCGCAGGGCGGAACAAUCCACUGGUACAGAUGCUCGGACUUCCCUUCGACACCUUCAAUUUUAUGCAUCGUUGGGUCGGUCGCGUGAUUGCGGCAAAUGCCGUGGUACAUAUGAGCGCUGUGUUGGCAAACCAGGCUUACAUGCAUGGAAUCGACUACAUUCUUUAUACUCUUUGGCAGAUGCCCUUCUAUAUUUACGGCCUCGUGGCGCUUCUUGGCUUCAUUUUCAUUGUUUUGCAAUCAUUGUCGCCGGUUCGACAUGCAUUUUAUGAACUUUUCCUUCAUCUUCACAUUGCAAUGGCCGUGAUGUCUUUCGUGGCGUUGUGGUAUCAUCUCAAGAACUUGUUGCAACAACGAGUCUUGUUAGGCACUUUGAUUCUUUGGGGUCUUGACCGCAUGUGCCGACUUGGAAUUCUUAUUUGGCGCAACAGUGGAAAGCGACGGACCACUGCAACCGUGGAAGCCCUCCCAGGGUCUGUCGCCCGGGUUGAUGUGGAAGUCUCUCGGGCCUGGAAGUUCCGUCCAGGUCAAUAUAUGUACCUGUACCUCCCCUGCCUCGGGCUCUGGACCUCCCAUCCCUUCACAGUCGCAUGGUCUUCUACGGGGUCCAAUUCCUUGGACUUCACCGAAAAGCGAAGCUCGAGUGAUUCAUUUGCUUCCCUUAUCGGGGGAUCUGAGAAGACUACCAUGUCCGUCUUGAUCAAGGGUCAGGAUGGAUUCACGAAAAAGCUUCUACGAAAGGUCGAAAACUCACAUGAUGGAAGAAUCAAGGCCACGGCUUUGGCAGAGGGACCAUUCGGUGGUAUUCAUCCACUUGCCUCGUAUGGAACCCUGCUCCUGGUUGCAGGCGGUAUCGGUAUUACUCACCCAAUGUCCUAUCUACACGAGGUGGUCACCAAUUUUGCAUCUCGAAAGAUAGCCACACGGAAAGUGCAUCUCGUGUGGAUGAUCCGCAACCUAGACCACCUCGCAUGGAUCCAAACAUGGAUGACCGAUAUCUUCGACCACGACUCAAUAAACAGCACCACCAAUCUCAAAGGAGACACGUACUUCCAAAUACCAGGCUUAAUGCUCUCCAUCAGCAUCCAUGUGACCGGCCACAAGAAUGAUCCUGAAGAGUGCAUUUCAACACCAGAGACGACGUGGACCGAUAUCGCACCGUCCAAUGUACCUGUCAAUAUCCACCACGAAAAACCUUCUUUCCGGACUCUUCUCGAGACUGAGAAAGCGCAACAGGUUGGUGCGUUGGCAGUCAGUGUGUGCGGUCCAGGUGGUCUGGGAGAUAGUGUGCGCGAUGCUGUCCGCCAUGUCCAGGGAGAGAAAACAGUUGAUCUGUUUGAGGAGACGUUCUCAUGGUGA